UUUGCAGCAGCAGGGACUGUAUCGCGUUCUAGAAGCUGAGCUCACACGAAUUCCACUUGAACAGUAUACGGAGACUUGAACUACUGGCUUUUCUACAAAGCAUAAGGGUGAAUUCUGCAGAGAGAAAUUAACUCAAGAUUCAUCCACUUCGUAAAGUAUUGAACACAGUCAUCACAUUGAAAAAUUAUACACGAGCACAACGGGAGGAAUAUCCUAUACUCGACCAAUUUACCAGCUAGCUUAACAGCCAAUUUUCAUUCAUACAACCAUGGCAUCCCAACCCACCAACCCAUUCACUACCCGCUCCCCCUCACCCGAUCCCUUCGACGCCCUCCUAACCCUAGAAGACACCCUCUACACCACGGCCUACGACCUCGGUGUCUCAGACGGCGCCCAUGCCGGUCGAAUCGAAGGGAGAAUUUUCGGACUAGAAAAAGGCUUCGAAAAGUUUGCUUCCCUGGGCGAGCUCCACGGACGGAGUGUAGUAUGGGGAUCACGAUUACCUGGUCUCGCAUCUACCCCCACGUCAACAUCAAAGAACGAGACAGGAGAAGGAGUGAAAGGAGAGAAGGUGGGAGAUGAUGUCGAGCAAACGCGACAAACAUUACCAAACCUCUCCAAAAACGAAAGACUCCAAAACAACACAACACUCCUCCACUCCCUGACCGACCCCCUCACCUUCGACACCGCAAACACGGAAGAAGGCGUAGCGGAUUUCGAUGAUAGGUUCAAGCGAGCAGGCGCCAAAGCAAAAGUUAUCGAGCGAAUCGUCGGCGAAGCCGAUGGUCAUACGUCUGCAAAAUCACCUGAUGGAUCACGAUCACCAGCAAGAGGGAAGACGGGACCGAUGCGAGUUACGGGGCAGGGUAAGGCGGGUGGUGCGAAGAAAGGGGAUGAUAGUAUAGAGGAUUUUGCGGGGUCGAAGUUGUUGCGCUGAGCCGACGGUUGUGAGCAUACGGCUUAUCUGUGGUGACUUCGGAUGGGUCGGGCGGCGCUGAGCCCUGUUUGUCUCGAUGGGGGAAAUGGUAGAUGAGGAUCUGCGCUCGUGUCAUCCUGACUUUGUGGUACCUGCCUCCCUGGGUAGAGCGGACUGGGCAUCGCACCAUCCACGAUAUUGUGGUCUGACAUAGAUAUACCGACGGAAAGAGCGAGUGGUUAGCGAAUUCGACUGAGCCAUCACAACAAUCUUGGAAGAAAGAUGGAAAAGCACUAGG